UGCGCACGCACAUGAAAACUUGUAGGAAAUCUGCCUGCACGCUUCCUGCUUCUGCCUUCGAAAGCGAGAUUGGGGGCGGGGGAGGGAGCGCGUGGGGAGAGGCUCCUCCGUCUGACAGCACAGGCUGGAGAGGAGCCAGGGGCGCCUGAGAGAGCCAGAGAGAGACUUUAGGAAAGAGGUGCUCUGAGCUCCGCGGGGCUGCACGGCUCUGGGGACCCAAAGCAGGGAGCCAGGCUGCGUUCGGGGGUGUGGAAAGUGGCCCCUAUAACAGCUAACGGAGAAGGCAGACAGCAGCAGCUGCAGGCAGGAUACUGAAGCGCUGAAUGGAGCUGCGCUGUGACCUACAUUUCCCAAGGAAGCAAAGCGCCCCCAGCCCCCGGAGCUUCCUCGGCGCCUGCACCAUGAAAUGAUGCAAGUGAAGCCCCUUCUGCCCCGGCAGGUGCCUCCUUAGCCAGGCUUCUCGCCCUGCCGCCUCACCUCACGCCCUUCGUCGGGGACGGCAGGACAUGGCCAGCUCGGCGCCGUGGGCCCACUGGGGAGAGGCGGGCCUUGGCCAUGGCUCUGGGCAGCGGCAGCGCUGGGAGGAGGCGGUGGAGCAGAGAUCUGAGGGGUACAUGGAGGAGAAUGGAGUUGCUGGACUGGACGAGAACGGACUGGUGGGUCGCGCUGGCCAGUGGGAUGAGUCCCCGGCCCAGGGGCCCACUGAACUGGAGUUCCUGGGGAACGUCAGGCUUAUGAAGGGGCCACCUUCCCCCCAGGGGCUCUUGGCACAGAGUGACAGGAGCUUCGACCUUAGUGAACUGCAGGAGUUUGAGUGGAGCAGUGUCCAAGGAGACAAUGCCAGGAGCCCACCCGCUGAUGAUGGCGAGGAGCUAGAGCAUGAUGGGACACAGGAGGACCCAACCUCCCCAGCCCACUGGCACCCACAGAGAGACAGGCAGCUAGACAUGACUGAAGAGGAUGAGGACCAAGCCAGCUCAGGGGACGUGGAGAGACAGGAGGGGGACUGGGAGGCAGGGAGCGAAGGGGAGCUCUCUUUCGAGGGCCAGUAUGGCUCAGAGUACAGCGCCAGCCCUGAUGCUCUGCGGGACGCCCAGGCUCUGUACGGGGACUACGGCAAAUCCUUCAGCUUCACCACAGAUGGCGGAGAGGAGCUUUCGGGACACUCUGACGUCAGCCCGCCCCCUUCCAGCACCCUGCUGGAGCGCUCCCACAAGCCAAGCCAGAGAACCGGAGCUGAUGUCUUUGAAAGCCGGAGCCAACUCGGAGAGAGCCUGGAGUUCCCCGCAGAAAUGGAGUCCUCGUCGCCCUCAAGCGGGCACCUGGACAGCCCCAAGCUGAGCCCGCUGGCUGAUUCCAGACGCUGGAGCCUGAGCCGGAGCCUCCUGCACCACCUGUCUGUGGAAGACCUUCAGAAUGCCCCGAGCAUCGACGCGGAGACCUUGCCAGAAUCCUCCUAUACUGAGAGCGUGGAGGACCCCCCACGAACCAUCUCCAAGGCAACCUCUGCUGCUCGAGCUAGGGCAUCCCACCGCCGCCCUGUGCCUGCAGCCGAGCCUUCGGAGAGCUCAAGGCUCAAGGCAACAGAGACUCCCCUUUCCCUACGGCAGGCUAGCAGCCAGCAGCAGGACAGGGCUCGGAAGCUGAAGAAGGCCAUUUCCCCAGCACUCCCUUCCAAGUUCAUCAGGCAGUCCAGGUCCCUGAGCCCUCGGGGGAACACCAGUAAGCAGGCAGAGCGGUCUGGCUCGCCCAAGUCAGGCCCCGCCAGGCCGUCCCUGGCUGCAGCCGAAGUCUUGCGAUAUGGGCGAGGCCAGCUCAACUACCCGCUGCCGGAUUUGUCCAAGGUGGAGCCGCGGGUGAAGUUCCCAAAGGACGAUCAGAGUUACCGCCCUCCGCGGAGCAGGACUCUGCCCAUGAGGGCCAGGGGGUCAGCGAGCCCCGUGGUCUUCAAGUCUCCUGCGGAGAUCGUCCGGGAGGUGUUGCUGAGCAGCGCGGAGGGGUCCCCGCAAAAAUGCCCUACCCCUUCCACCACCAUGGUGCCCGAGGAGUUCAAGUCCCCACAGCAAGCCACUGAGCUGGUGAAGCAGCUGCAGGAGGACUACCACAGACUGCUGACCAAGUACGCUGAGGCUGAGAACACCAUUGACCGGCUGCGGCUGAGAGCAAAGGUGAGCUUGUACGCCGACCCGCCGAAGCCGAGCCACAGCGUUCACAUGGGGACCAUGGCCCACGGCUCCAAGGUCAUGGCUUUCAGCAUCCCACAGAUCCAGACGGCAGAGUUCAGCACCACUCCUGCUCCAGCCCUGCCAGCGGGUCUGGAUGAAGAGCCAUCGUCAGCACCAGGUAACCAGGCUCCAUCCUUUCCGGCUCAUUCCACACUCACCGGGGUUGACGCCUGCACCUCUACAGAGAGACCGUUUCCGGAGGAUCCCCUGACACAGACUCUGGCGGGUCAGGCGAGGAAAUUUGAGAUGCAGGUGGAAUCCUUCGAGGGACUGAUCCAAAUGGGAAGACUGACCCCGCAGGACCAGCUCUCGGGAUUUGCGAGGCUGAAGGACGCGCAGGAUGCUCUGGAGCGAGCGUAUCUGCAGGCCCGGGAAGAAAACCGUCUGCAGCAACAGUGCCCAGGCGCAGCGGGGCCCCUUGGGGACUUCGAUCCAGACAGAGCGGUGGAAGGGGAGAUAUUCCGCCUGGGAAUGCGCUUGGAGGAGCUGAAGGAUGGGAUUGACCGAGCGCUGCAGAGCCUGCCCUCCCCGAGGAGUUGCUCUGAGCCAGCCUUGCCUCCCAGCUGUUUGCCAACCCUGGUCUCAGAGCCGCCACUCUCCUCCCCAAGGCCGUCAGUUCAAGCCCCGAUCCCGGCCCUUCGCACUCCCUACCCUGAGGCCCCUGUUCCAAAGCAUGCCCGCGCCCAAGUGCAAGUGGACGCAGAGGUGAGUUCUGCGAGUGGCGAGACGGAGGAGGAGAGAGAAGAGCUUCCCGAGCCCCUUCGGCACAAGCAGCUUCAAGUGGAGAAGUUCUUCGGUAACCUGCUGGACCACUACAAUAGCUUCAAGUCCUUGCCUGAAUCUCUGAGCAUGGAACAGCUGGGCCUGGAGGAGAACGGCUCCCCACAGGAAGUGGAUGGCCCUGCUGCAGGAGAUGCUGGGACGGCUGAGAGCCCUCACAGGAUGUUGUCAUUAAAGGAAGAGAGGACCCAUGUGACCACUCAGCCGCAGCCCCCGGAGAGGAGGUCGCACGCCCUGCAGCCAGGGGAACGCCGGCAGCUGGUCAGGAAGAGCAGUCGCUUGUCCUCUGUCCAGGGCGAGGAGUCCCUCCCUCGGAACAUGGCUAUUAAAGCCAGGCCCCAGGAUGCAAUCCCCAAGCCAUCCUUCGGGGAGCAGCAGGAGACACUAUCCCGCCAGAGCAGCAUGGUGGGCAGCGCCAUUUCUGAGCACCUUCCGCAGAAGCCUUUCCGUCAGGCAAAAUCCUCUCGGUCCGAGGAUCAACGCAUCGUGUCUCCAGAGACGGACAGCGGGUUUGUGGGGUCAGAGGCCAGCAGGGUGUCCCCGCUGACGCGCACCCCGGAGCAUCGCUCCUCUCGCACUGCGACCCCCGGCAUGCUGGGAAGAUCUGGCCCCACAUCCAGCCCUGCUGCCCUUCGCACUUCCCUGCGGAAAGAGGCAGCCCCCCUGCCGUCGGAAAAGGAACUGCUGGGCAUGUACACCUCCGCCAGCCAGGCGCCCCCCAGAGGCAGUGCCCGGAGACACAGCCUGCCCCGGGGCAGCCUCUCCCCAACCAGCUCCCCUCCCCAGUGGACAAACAGUAUCACCAGCGAGGUGGGAGCAGACGCAGACAUCACUCACACGGACUCCGAGGCAGAGCGGCACAGCAGGGCCAGCACUUCUGAUCACCGUCCCAGCAAAACUAGACGCCCACCCAGCUCCACCACCACAUCGCCUUCCCCAGUUCGGGCUCACCACGGCCUCCUGGGCUCCCGCGUGGAACGAGACCAGGCCAUCCGGGCUCUGCAGGACGAGGUCUCGCGGCUUCGGCAGCGGCUGGAGGAGAGUUUGCACCGAUCCCGCAGCUACCCAGAGGGAAAGUCGUCCCCACGCACCGCUAGGAGCAGGAAGCAGCCCCUGGGGAACGGCCCCUCAGUCCGGAACUCAGGCCCCUUUGGCGAAUCCGCAGAGAGGAGCCCAGGCGAGUUUGGGGAGCCGGCUCCAGCGAUCAAGCCAGCGAGGCGAGUGAGGUCGGCGUCGCUCCCUCGGGAUGGGCCUGAACGGGACCUCACGUCGGAGUCAGACUGCCCCCCGCCGCGGGCUCGGGAUGGGAAACCCAGGACAAGCUUCUCCUCCAGGCAGAGCUCUCCGAGGCCGCUGACAUUCAAGGGCCAUUACACAGGGACGCGCUACCACUUAUCGGCCCCUGUGUCCCCAGAACGGAGGGAAGACACGGGCCCCACUUCCUGCCUCCAUUGCCAAGGGACCAGGACACAAGCUGGCAAUGCAUCAGCAGGGGACACCGUGAGACCCGCUCAGCAUAGCACUCCAAAGAAGACGCACUGUCCAACCUGCAACGGGACCAGGAGCACCCCUGUUUCUAAAACCAGGGACAAAGCAGCACAUGCGACAGGCCGCGGCACAGAGAGCGCCUCACCUCAAGGCUCCGGCCUCAGUCACAAACCCGAGAAGCCGCAGCAGCCUGGCCUCUGGUACCUGGCGGCCCCACCCCCUGGCACAGCUGUCAACUACAUCCCAACAGUGCCCCUGGUGCCUUACUCGCCCUCUGUGCUCUACUGUUCUCCACCAGCACCUACCUCAGUCCCCGGCCCAGAUGGCCUGCCUGCCCAUUAUGCCAGCCCGUACAGAGUGGCGGAGCUGAAGCCCUGGGCCACCCGGCAGCAAGCCCAUGGUCACCACCACUCCCUGAUGCUUGACUUCGACGACCUGGAGGACCUCAACUGGUCCCUGAGCCAGGCCGUGGAAGCGGCCAAGAGCAUGAAGCUCACCACCAAGCAAAUGAACAGGUCGCUGACCUCUGAACUGAGCAAGGCCAGGCGCCUGAGGGGAUCCUGCCUCUUCUGACAGAACCGGGGGACGGCUUCCUCUGGGGCCUGGCGGGGACAGUUUGAGCCGGCAGGCUGAGCCUCUCCAAACAUCUGGAGAUAAGCCCCCCAGCAAACAUCUGGGGAACUGAUUUGCCAAAGAAUGACUAGACUGUCCCUCAGCUUCCCCCUCCUUCCCGUGGGGCUGCAGAGCCGUCCGCUGGCGCCUGAGGAGCCUGUGACACACUGGAGUCUCCACGCGGGAUCCGCGUUGGAAGCUAAACCUGCAGAGUCUCUCCACCCUUCUCCAGAGCCCCCUCAGCCCGCAUGUUACAGUUGCCUUAAGCCUCAAGCCUCUCUGCUCAGCAGGACCAGAGCUGCGGUUGCACUGGGGAUCUCACCUGCCCCUCUCCGCUUGGCCAGUAGCUUUCGGUGGUUGUUAGUUUUCUUAAAGGAUCAAAUUUGAAGACGAAGGAAGACAGAGAAAACCUCGGGACACGUGACUAGGCAGCUGCCCUGGCCUCCCAGGGGCCUGAGACUCGCACUUUAGAAUCCCCCCGGCCUCGUCCCCAGAGAGCGCUCUACUUUUAAGUAACGUUUUAACUCCCCUUCCCCUUCUCCCCAUUGGCCAGCUUGGAGAUGGACCCCGGCCAAUGGCUUACCAUCGCACUGUGAGUUCCCUCCCCUAGCCCUUGCAGAAAUUCCCACUUGGGCCUUACCCCGCCUUGCGUUGCUAAAUCAAUCCGUUUCCCUGUGGCUCCGUCCCAAUACACCACGUCGUCGGGUUGCUGUGGCACAGCCUAGCUGGGACAAGCUCGGUUUACAAGCCGAGUCUUUUCUAGCGUCGCUCUUGUUUUGUGUAGGCCCUAUCAGAAUAAGGGUGGAGCUCCCUUUGCAGCAAAGGUUACCUCCGAGUGCUUGUGCCACGGACAGGGUACCGAUCUCUGUUGUUCUACAUUCAUCGCAAAGGGGAAUAGAGGAGGAUCAGGUGUUUAUGUGGAAUUUUAUUGUUUUUCUGGCUGUUGUUGCUGGUGUUAUGUUGGCAUCGGAGGGGACGGGAGAAUCGAAAGGGCUUUGCUUCCGCAGUCUGGAACUCAGCUUGGCUGGGGAUUCAAGAGGCUUGUUCACCAUCUCCUCUUUCUCUUUCUCUAUCAUCUCUCCUCCCUGUCUGCCGUUUCUGGCUUUGCUGGGAGGGCAGAGGAAGCACAAACGGUCAGUUUCAUUUUCUGUUUCUAAGGCCUGAUCCUGAGAGGCAUCGAGCACUCUUGCUUCUCCUUGAAUUUGAGAGAAGCCACAGGAGCGCAGCACCAGCCGCGCGGUUAUCCCCGCACUGAUUCUCCUGGGCUAGCCCAAUGCUGCUGGUCCGGGAGCUGGCCAAUGCGGCGUUAGUUUUUGUUUUAACCUUGUUUUCCUUGGCACUUAUUUUGAACUCUCACAACCAUUUCUAUGGAGAUGAACAUCCGAACCUGCAAUCAGAUCCACUAGGGUGCAGCCCCCUCCUCCCUUCCCCCCCUUGACAAGAGCUGGUAGAAAAAUAUGUAAGUACUUGUCACUGCAAGUGUUCAUUUUCUCGACAUUUUUUAGUGAAAAAUGUCAACAUUUUCCCACUUUUCACUGGAAAAAAUCUACAGCCGGAAAUCUUUGUUUUUGGUUCUUCCCUCUUUCUUUCUCCUCCUUUCUAUGUUGCCACUGAAGAGGCAGAGGAGGAAGGAAAAAAGAAAGCAAGUGCUAGAGGGAUCAAUAAUUGAAAAUUUUUAAGCAAAAAAAAAAAAAUCUUAUUCAAAAGUUGGAAAAUUACAACCACCACAUAUCUGCAAAA